AUGUUCGACUCUAAUCACUUUACACUACAUAUAUUCCCUGAGAGUUUUCGUGCAAAGGUCAUCGACACUAUCGGACGUGCCCAUUUUGCAUGUGUCAUCUCCGACAGCACUGGUAAUACUAGGCUAGCCCGUCGUCUUCUGGUAUCUGAGUUCAUACGUACUGCCAUCGACCUCCCCGACAUUGUACACUUCAUCAACAAACUUGUCAAGGACCUCAUGAAGAUUGCUGAAUUUGCAGAGGACAUCCAUGUCGUCCACCACACAAUCUCGGCCUUCCAUGGCUCGCAUAGCAGCUUCGCAGAGCUCAAGAGCGCUCAUGCUCGUCAUCAAAUAAGUAGGAGCCUUGAAGUCAUUGGUAAAACCCGAUUUGCCACCCUAGUCCUCUCUUCGGUUUCGGUACAAUGCUUGAUUCCAGCAAUAAAGGAUGUGAUUCUCAACAAGCCAGACUCCUUUGACACGAUAUCGGAGUACUACCAGCCACCUCCUUCGAGGAAGACAGCCAAUUUCGAGUUUGGGCUCUCCCAGUUGAUUAGUGUGGGUCUCCCCGCCACGAAGGCUCUGGCAUGCUUGGAAGCUGUCGAGGCAACGCCUGCCGACGUCUAUGUAUUCUGGCACACUAUUGUUCGUGCCACCAAGGAUGCAUUGAACGAUCCACGAAAUGAGUACAACGAUACCAUCAAGCAGAAGGUCAUAGUUAUCUUGAACUCGCGCACAAACAAGCUAUUGGGUGAUGGUGAUAUUGCAACUGGUGCAUAUCUGGCAGCAGCAUAUCUCAACAAGAGUAACAAAUCUUCGUUCUAUUUUAUACAUUUUAUUUGA